AUAUAUUUGUGCAGAAGUUUGGAAAUGACUAAGCCUGUGUAUGUAACUUUGAGACUCUGUGUAAAGCCUGUCAAGAAGCAUUGGAUUAUUCUAGCUCUGAUGCAGAGAGACGUGUCCUUGGGUGUACAGUUAGAUGCAGGCAGCUCCCUGAGCGCGCCCCUGCUUCAGGGUACCCUCCAAAGGCUCCCUGGAAGGCGUCGUUUGACCCCAGGUAGAGAAUCACGUUGCACUGCCACUUCAAAGAAUAAAAGAGUGCAGAAACUACAGAACUGAGUGUGGGAAGCCCUUCUUGUUGGUAAGAGUUUCAAGUGCUAGAGAAGGGAUGUGUUGAAAGGACAUUUACUUUCAUCAGCUCAGAGCAUCUGUUUUUUAUUCUUUAAAAAGAAGCAACACCUCAAAUUAUGGCAGUCCCUAGGCAAGUAAGCACUUGAGAUUUUGAUCUGUACAGAUUCUUCGACGGAGCGCCUCGCAGGAGCUUUUAGUAGUGAUUUGCAGCAUUUGUCUUGUUCUGUAGAAUGACAGCCCGUCUUUGUGGGGAAGGGGAGAGAGGCAGAGACGGCUAAGGAACCUCUCUGUGAAACAGCAAAUAAGCCAUUUCUCUCAGAUGCGGGUAGAAGUGGGAACUGGGCUUAGCAGGCCCUGGAGACCAAAUUAAAGGAGAUAGGAAAUGGAAACUCAACUCUGUGUUUUUUAUUUUCGACUCGGUGCCCACCUUCAAAACAUUCACUCAGUGUGGGCUUCAUCACAGUUUUCCCCCCUCUUUGAUGCAGAUUUCUGUUUUCUUAUUGUGGUAAAACGUAUAAAACAUGCCAUGUGGAAUUGUGCGUUCUUCAUGUGCAAUUCAGUGACAUCGGGAGCAUCACAGUGAUGUACAUCACCCCCAUCCUGUCGUUGUAAUUAUUAUUUUAGGCCCAGGUUUCCUAAAUGAAGCAAAUUGAGAGUUAGGGUGGUGUCACCCUUAACCCCAGGGCGCAGCGUAACCACUGUUAAGAGUCAGUCUCACAUCUCUUUUUUUCCUUAUUCAUACGGUUUUGUUCAAGCCCAGUUGCAAUAUUGUUCAUACUCUUCAUAAAGAGAAUUUUAGAAUUGUUAGGGAAUUUAAAGAUGCUUCAUUCCAUUUCCCCCAUUGUUUAGAUUAAGAAAUGAGUGACCGAAAGUGACCGUGGCUUGCAUAGCUGGACAGUAGCCGAGCUGGGUGUCCCUCUGUCCUGGGCUGCUCUGUCUUUAGUUUCAAAAUUAUUAUAAAAAAUUCAUCUGUGGUUUAUUUUUAGGGUCAUCUUCCUUCUCUCUCUCUCUCUUUGUGUGGUUUCUAUGUCUGGAUUUUUUUUUUUUUUAAGUGGUGUCUUCAAGCAGGAAUUUGUUUUAAACAAGAAAAUCACAACAUUCAUGCCAUUCCCAGGGCUUAUCACCCAUGAUUGAGACUGUGAAUUCUCUCCCUUCUUGUCUCUGUCCAGAUAUUCUAAAUCCAGGAUGUUACUUGUUUUUUGUUUUUUUUAAAACCCCCAUUUAUUUUGCUGAGUGUGGUGAAAUCACAAUUUAAAGGUGAUUGUCAUUUUCCCAAGAUGAAUUUUUUUUUUUUUUUUAAGCCAGUUUCUUUUCCUUCUUAAGAUCUGUUUGCCACUUUGAAUUAGGUGGAAACUCAGGGAAGCGGAGCCCUGCAGCUAAAAACCGACCAUCUGCUGACCACUUUACCCCCUCAGGGCCGACCUGCUUGUAUGAUCCCUUUCAAAAUCCUUUCCAGCUUCUAAAUUCCUAUCAGCAAGGAGUUAGGGCCUGGUCCUGCCCACGCUGGAGGUCUGUGGGAGGUGGUUAGGAAGCUGGAGGAGAGAGAGAGAAGCCGGGGUAUAUUGUUUGGGUCGGCCAUGGCAACCGCAGCAGUAAAAAGGAACAGGACUAGUUUUGCGCUGCUCUGUAAAUGGCCAGGAUUCAGCCCCUAUCUCUGGACUUUCUGCUCGGCACCAGACAACCUGAUCUCCUGGGUUUACAACUUAUCAGCUGUGUGUUGUGGCUUCUAACUCUGUGACUGCUCUAAGCCCAUCAAGAGGUUAAUUACUUGUAAAGAAUAAGGAGCUGCUGGAGACCUGUCACACAUCCAGGAGUGCUUUGGAGUUUACCUCUUCGCAGUCUGGAGCAAAAUGAAAGAGCUGAUGUCGAGGCCUCCCAAGUAGUGCUGCUACAGACCAUGAGCAAGAGAGAAGGAGGAGACGUUGGUCUGCACGAACGAUCCUGAAACGCAAAUGGUCUUGGGUCUAGGCUUUUCACAUUGACUUUCUCUACUGCCUCUCCUUCUGCUCAAGCAAAUUCUGUCUGUGAAGAUCUGAUGGGAAGGAACUGACUGCUUAGAAUUCUCCAUUGUGAUGAAAGCAUAUGGUACAGUUUUCCAAAGAAAUUAGUCCAUUUUCUGGGUGAAGAGAGACCAGACUGCUGUUUUCACAGGGUACUUCUCCCUUCUCUGUGAAAGGAAGAAAGAGCACACCUGGGCCCAGGAGCACUCCAGCUUCUUGUGGGAAGUCUCCAUGGUGAAGUGCAAGCCGGGGCUACCUGUGAACCGCACACAGUGAAUGUUAUUCCAGAGCAGCUGCUGGAGGAUCGCACCCACGGGGAGAUGAUUCCUCAUGAAGAGCCUGGAUCCCCUACAGAAAUCAAAUGUGACUUUCCGUUUAUCAGACUAAAACCAGAGCCAGUCCGACAGUGAAACGGUCACCGUGGAGGGGGGACGGCGAAAAAUGAAAUCCAACCAAGAGCGCAGCAACGAAUGCCUGCCUCCCAAGAAGCGCGAGAUCCCCGCCACCAGCCGGCCUUCCUCGGAGGACAAGGCGGUGCCCAGCGACAACCACCGCGCGGAAAACGCGGCAUGGCUCCCCGGCGCCCGGAGCCACGUGGGCGGGCGGCUGGGGCCGGCGGGGCCCCCGGCGGAGCUCGGUUUACAGCAGGGAAUAGGUUUACACAAAGCGCUGUCCACGGGGCUGGACUACUCCCCGCCCAGUGCGCCCCGGUCCGUCCCGGCGGUGGCGUCCACCACGACGAUGCCGGCUGCGUACCCGCCGCCCCCGCCGUCCGGGGCCCCCGUGUCCCCGGUGCAGUACGCCCACCUGCCGCACACGUUACAGUUCAUCGGGUCUUCCCAGUACAGCGGGCCCUACGCCGGCUUCAUCCCUUCCCAGCUGAUCUCGCCCACGGCCAGCCCGGUCACCAGCGCGGUGGCCUCGGCCGUGGGCGCCGCCACGCCCGCCCAGCGCUCCCAGCUGGAGGCCUAUAGCAGUCUGCUGGCCGACAUGGGCGGGCUGAGCCGAGCCUCCGGACACAAAGCUGAGCCGCCGCCGCCGCCGCCGCCGCAGCACCUAGGCCGGACCGCGGGGCUCCUCCCCCCGGGGUCCCCACCGCCCCCGCAGCAGAGCCAGUACGUGCGCAUCUCCAGCUCGCCACAAAACGCCGCGCGCCCGGCCUCGCCGCCGGCCCUCCCCGUCCACCUGCACACGCACCCGACCAUGAUCCCGCACACGCUCACCCUGGGGCCCUCCCCGCAGGUGGUCGUGCAGUACACCGACUCCGGCAGCCACUUUGUCACCCGCGAGGCCACCAAGAAGGCGGAGAGCAGCCGGCUGCAGCAGGCCAUGCAGGCCAAGGAGAUGCUGAACGGGGAGGUGGAGAAGGGCCGGCGGUACGGGGCGCCCCCCGCGGCCGACCUGGGCCUGGUGAAGGCGGCCGGCAAGGCCGUGCCCCACCCGUACGAGUCCAGGCACGUGGUGGUCCACCCCGGCCCCGCCGACUACAGCGUCCGCGACGCGUCGGGGGUGCGGGCCUCGGUGAUGGUCCUGCCCAACAGCGGCACCCCCGCCGCCGACCUCGAGGGGCAGCAGGUCACCCACCGGGAGAACUCGCCGUCCGCCCUCAAUGACAAGAGCAGCCUGCACUUGGGGAAGCCCGGGCACCGCUCCUACGCGCUGUCCCCGCAGCAGGCGCUGGGCCCCGAAGGCGUGAAGGCCGUCGCCACGCUGUCCCCGCACACGGUCAUCCAGACCACACACAGCGCCUCGGAGGCCCUCCCAGUCGGGCUGCCGGCCACGGCCUUCUACGCGGGCACGCAGCCGCCGGUCAUCGGCUACCUGAGCGGCCAGCAGCAAGCGAUCACCUACGCCGGCGGCCUGCCCCCGCACCUGGUCAUCCCGGGCACCCAGCCCUUGCUCAUCCCGGUGGGCAGCGCUGACCUGGAGGGGUCGGGCGCCGCCUCGGCCAUCGUCACGUCGUCACCCCAGUUUGCUGCAGUGCCUCACACGUUCGUCACCACCGCCCUGCCCAAGAGCGAGAACUUCGGCCCCGAGGCCCUGGUCACUCAGGCCGCCUACCCGGCCAUGGUGCAGGCCCAGAUCCACUUGCCCGUGGCGCAGUCCGUGGCCUCCCCCGCCGCCGCCGCGCCCCCCACGCUGCCGCCCUACUUCAUGAAAGGCUCCAUCAUCCAGUUGGCCAACGGGGAGCUGAAGAAAGUGGAGGACCUGAAGACGGAGGACUUCAUCCAGAGCGCGGAGAUCAGCACCGACCUGAAGAUCGACUCCAGCACGGUGGAGAGGAUCGCGGACAGCCACAGCCCCGGCGUCGCCGUGAUCCAGUUUGCCGUCGGGGAUCACCGAGCGCAGGUCAGCGUGGAAGUUUUGGUAGAGUAUCCUUUUUUUGUGUUCGGACAGGGCUGGUCAUCCUGUUGCCCAGAGAGGACCAGCCAGCUCUUUGAUUUGCCGUGUUCCAAACUCUCCGUCGGGGACGUUUGUAUCUCGCUCACCCUCAAGAACCUGAAGAACGGCUCUGUUAAAAAGGGCCAGCCCGUGGAUCCGGCCAGCGUCCUGCUGAAGCACUCAAAGGCCGACGGCCUCGCAGGCAGUAGACACAGGUAUGCCGAGCAGGAAAACGGGAUCAGUCAGGGAAGCGCCCAGAUGCUCUCUGAGAACGGCGAACUGAAGUUUCCCGAAAAAAUAGGAUUGCCGGCCGCACCCUUGCUCACCAAAAUAGAACCCAGCAAGCCCGCGGCCACGAGGAAGAGGAGGUGGUCAGCACCCGAGACCCGCAAACUGGAGAAGUCGGAAGACGAGCCACCUUUGACUCUUCCCAAGCCUUCUCUCAUUUCUCAGGAGGUUAAGAUUUGCAUCGAAGGCCGCUCUAACGUAGCUCUGCAGAGUCUUUCACGGAGCAAGAUGCUGAAAGUUUCAAAGUGGUUUCAAGGAAUGAAUGUGAAUUAUGAACUUGUAUGUGACAAUGAAUGACCACCAAGUACAGCCUGACAGGAGGCAUUCUUCACUUUGAUGUCUCAGAAAGGAUUUAAAAAGCAUAUGCAGAGCUGGCAGAGGAACUGAGAGGGAAGGGAUGGGAAAAAAAAAAAAAGAAUACUCACUUUUGUCCAGUGUUUUUCUUUUUAAGACGAACUUUUAAAGAACCUUGCGAUUUGCACAUCUUGAGUUUAUAAAUUUGUGUGAUAUUCCUGCAGUUUUUAUUCAAUAACAUUGUGGGAAAGGCUUGGGGGACUGAACGAGCAUAAAUAAAUGUAGCAAAAUUACUUUCUAACCUGCCUAAACUCUAGGCCUUUUAUAAGAUUAUGUUCCUUUCAAGAUUCAUUUUUGGUCUUCUUACCGUAUCUGUCACAUAAAACCAGGUCUUAGCAGGACAACUCUGAGAAUUUUCUUCAGAUUCAUUGAGAGAGUUUUCCAUGAAGACAUUUAUAUAUGUGAGCAAGUUUGUUUUUUUUUUUUCUAAGAAAACAAUUAUUAUUGUUGUUAUUAAUGUUAUUUUCAAAAUGACUUUCUUUUUCCAUCUGAAAUCAAGAUUUAAUGUUUGGUACAAACCCAGAAAGGGUCUUUUACAGUUGAGACCUUUUAUCCCCAGAGAUCUGAAAUAUUGUUUGUGGGUUUUGAGUGGGCAUUUUCAAGUGCUUAAAAGUUUUAUAAAGAGAGAGAAAUUUUUAAAUAUUCUUACUUGGAAUGGCUGCAACGAAUCUGAACAAAUACCUGAUUUUUCUUUUACCAUUGAAAAUAGUACUUUUUCCAUCUCACAGAUUUUUAAAAAAUUCUUGUCAGCCCACAUUCUGGCUUUCCAGUAUUCCUUCACAUUUAGCUCUCAGCAGAACUGAUGAUUUUUAGAAACCAUUUCUGGGGUGUACCAAAAACAUUGGAAUAGAUUUUGAACUGCUAGAUCCAGUCCUUGACUUUCUUCGGUUUUCAUUACCCUCUCAGCAUGCUAGCAGAGAGCUGAGUGAGUCCAUUCUUGCAGUCAUAUUGCUUAUUUAGUGCUGUAUUUUUUUUUAAACGUCUCUGUUCAGAGAACUUGCUUAAUCUUCCAUAUAUUCUGCUCAGGGCACUUGCAAUUAUUAGGUUUUGUUUUUCUUUUUUUGUUUUGACGGUAAGAGGAAUACGGGGCUGCCAUACAGACUGUCCUCAUCAGUACCACUAAGGACAGUGAUUCACCUGGACUCAGAGAAACACCCACCACCUUUUGGCUUCUUUUGAGUAUUGAACUAACCGGAUCCACACCUCCAACACUAAAACGGGAAAACAUGCGUGGUUUGGAGCAAUAGGAACAUCAUCAUUGUUUUUCGUGCUUCUGUUUCAGGUAUAGGAACUAUCGAAGAAUUGGUUCUUUCUAAACAUUGUCCCAUUUACCUUCUUGCUUCUUUAGCGUGUGCAAUACUUUCCGUGCCAAUAGAGUCUGAUCAGUGUGCGCUCUAGAGAAAGUGUAGGUAGGCCCCUCUCGGCUUUUUCCUUAUUCUCUUCAUCCUUUUCCUGUGCCGGCCAGAGAAGGGCUGGAAGGAAGGAGCCAGGAAGGGGAGAGCCUCCUGCUGGGCGAUCGCCCUGCUCCGGGAAGCCAAGGCCCCUGGGGCAGGGAGCUCUGGGGGAAGCCCCGCGUUUCCCUCGCCCUGUUGCGGAAAAGAGCAAAGGAGAUGGAGGGGAAGAACGCACUCUUCCCCUCCUCACCGCGAGGAACAGUGGCGCGCAGACGGGAAGGAGGCAGACCCAUUUCUAAGGCGCACUCUGGAGCAAUCGAGCCAGGAUCAGCCCCUGUUCCACGGUCCUUUCCUGGAGUAGGUGGGCCCCCCGCUCAGGCCUGUGUCCUGGAGACUUGGAGCCGCGCCUCCUCCGAGCCUGGGCGGGAAGCGUGGUCCACCACGUGCGCGCCUUCCGAGCCUCCGGCGCGGGUGGCUGCGGAGGGGCCGGGCCUUCUGCGGACAAUGCCCACCGCCCCUCUGUGGCAGCUCUCGCCUCCAAAUAGGAAGGCCAUCCGGAGGACAGGGGCCCUCCUCUCGUUGGCAGACGUGGGCAAGCCCCGAGGCCCCCAGAGCAGCCCGGUCACCGCGCCCGCGUAGCCCACCUAGCAGUGCCGGGCGUAGAACCCUCCCGAGCCGCGCAGCUUGCGAGGAGCAGCCAUGUGCCUCUGUACUGUGUCCACUUUGCAAUAUUUACCUAACCCAUCUUUUGUUCUUACCCAUUUUCCAUUUUUAAACUAGUAACAGCAGGCCUUUUGCGUUUACAGUGGAACACAAUCACCAAAUUAGUCAGGGCGAAAAGAAAAAAAAAAUUCACCAACAAACAAGGACCUCUCUUUCUAGGGAUUUCUAAAUAUAUAAAAUGACUGUUCCUUAGGAUGUUUCAACUUCAGAAUUAUUUCAGUUUGGGCCACACUGGGGGCGGGGCGGGGCGGCUAGAGAGAUGGAUACCACUUACCUCAAAUCUUUUCAAGUGGAAAUCCAAAAUUGCUUUUUUCAUUUGGACGUUCAGGAUGAUUUUCUAUGUCGGUCAGUUUUGUGUCUUUUCCAGCUCACCCCCGUUUGUUUUGGGAGGAAUGUUUUUUUUUCCCCCAUUGCUGUCCUCAAUCCCAUUUCUCACCCUGAAUCAUGACCCUGUGUGUGUCCUGUUAGGGUUUUCUCGCCCACCGGGAAAUGGCAGCACUCCUCCUCCCCCCAAGGAACUCUGCAGAACCUUUCACACCUCUAACUCAGGGACGGGGCUGGCGUGUGUGUGGUACACUGACGUGUCCAGAAGCAGCACUUUGACUGUUCUGGGAGUAGGGUUGUACAACUUCAAGGAAUGUUUGGAUUUCCUGCAUCUUGUGGAUUUCUCCUUAGAUACCACAUAGAUCGCAAUAUAAUGCUGCAUGUUCAAGACGAACAGUAGCUCCUAGAAAUCAUAAAAUCCACUCUUUGCACAUAGUUCGAUCUUUACUGAAAUAUGUUGCCAAAAUUUAUUUUUGUUGUAUAGCUUUGGAAUUUUUUUUUUUUUAAGGAAACAAUUGACAAUACCCUUUAACAUCUGUGACUACUAAGGAAACCUGUUUCUUUCAUGGAGAAAAAAAAUCUCAAAUGCUUUUGAAGACACUAAAUGCCAUGCUAUUUCAGAUCUGGGUGAAGAAGCAGAGCUCUGAGGACAGAAGGCCAGGCUUUUUGAGCUGUGUUGGUUGUCAUGGCUACUGUUUGAUGAACUGUAAGCAGCUCGACAAACCGUGGUCCGUUUCCUCCUAAAACGCUUUGCACGUCCUAUCUCCUAGUCACCCAUGAUAAUCCCAGGUGAAAAAAGGGCCAGCAGUCUCCAUGGUCCAAUCCUGCUUCUUCAGGGUGAUGUGAAAGCAAGGGGAAUUACACUGUGUGGCUUUUCAAGUGAAGCAGAAGUCUUUGCUUCCACCUUUGUUUUCAACCCAGAAUUUCUGAAAUAGAAAAUUUAAGAACACAUCCAGUAAUAACUAUACAGAGAACAUACUUUUCUAUAAAGCACAUGCCUAUGCCAUUGUGUUACAUUGGUUUCCUCUUUUUUUUCUCCACGGACAGUGUUGUGUUUCUGUUGAUAGGGGAACUCCAAACUGUUUGCACACCUCUACUCCGGAGCUAAGAUUUCUUUUACAUAGAUGACCUCGCUUCAAAUAAGUUACCUUAAUGAUAGGAUCUUUUCUUGUAGCACUAUACCUUGUGGGAAUUUUUUUUUUUUAAUGUACACCUAAUUUGAGAAGCUGAAGAAAAAAAAAAAAAACUUUGAAGCACUCACUUUGAGGAGUACAGGUAAUGUUUUAAAAAAUUGCACAAAAGAAAAAUGAAUGUCAAAAUGAUUCAUUCAGUGUUUGAAAGAUAUGGAUCUGUUGAAACAAUGAGUUUCAUACCUUGUUUGUAAAAAAAAAAAAAAAGCAUAAAGGUUGAAAGUUACAUGUUUUUUUGUAUAUAGAAAUAUGUCAUGUCUAAAUGAUCAGAUUUGUAUGGUUAUGGCCUGAAAGAAUUACUACUUAAAAGGCUCUUCAACUAUACCUAUGCUUCCUCUAGGUUUUUGUUACAUAGAACCCUCUUCUGAGGGAGAGUAAUUCUGUAUUUUGCAAUUAGAGAAUACUGUUCAUUCCUAUGCCGAAAGUACUUCUCUGAGCUCCCUUCUUAGUUUAAACUCUUAAGCCAUUGCAACUCCUUUUUCUCCAGAGAUGAUGUUUGACAUUUUCAGCACUUCCUGUUCCAGUAAACCCAAAGAAUAUAAUUCUGAACAAGAAGUGUUUGUAACAAGGGAUCCUGGCUACCAAGAAAAUGGGACUCAUCACGAGGACACACACACACACACAAAUGUUCAGCCUUCUCUCCCCCCCGACACCUCAUUUCAAUGGCGGGGGGUGGGGGGGGUUAAACAAGAAUUUCAGUUGAGAUGCCUCGUUUCACAUUGGUUUUAUUUUGACUUUUUUUUUUCUUUACCAUUAAGAGGCCAAAAUUAAUGUGGAGCAACUUCUCAGAAGUCAUAUUCUGUCCAGAAAUCAAGCCAGCCAGCAGAAACAGGACAGCUGGCAGGGGAGGGGCAGGAUGUUGAGCAGAUUCCCCCUCCAAUUCUUAAAAUUCAGAAUCUGAGCCCCUCCCUUACAUUACACGCGAUGUUUCUGGUAGCUGACAUUCACCUGUAGGAUGGCGGGAGGGAACUGCGGCUUCAGUUUCUCAUGUCCUCACGACUUGCAUACAAAUGGUUCAGCUGUAUUAAAAUUAAGUGCUUUUGGCCAAUAGGUAGUAGCUCUCUAGUAACCGUCUCUUAAGGAUUUCCGUCACUUUUCUUAUCUGAAAGGACUCCAGUCUUCCACUGCAGAUAAUUGGAGACUUCACCCAAGUUUUCUUUCCCUUUAGUUUGUUCGUUUGCUGUCUGGGAUGGCCGAUGAGCCAGUCUCCUUUUCCAUGGCCAGUCUGAAGGCCCCCUUUGGAAGUGCUGUUUACAGUCAUCCUUGCCGAGGUAACAGUAACUGUCCUCUGGAAUAAAUGGCAAGUCUGAACGGUUACCAAGCUGGGUGUGUAGGUUUUCUCUGGUUCCUAACUCGAACCGCCUACUCUUCAAUUAAUCCAGUUCAGGAGUGGGGUGAAUUUCUUUAUUGUCAGUGAACAUUAAACUUGAUACCUGUGUGCAUCAGUUCUGUGAAUACUGCCCUUUUGGCCUUUUAGGGGAGGUUUUUUUUUUCCUCCUCAGCCUUCACUUUCCCUGUAUACCCAAAUGAGUGUCAGCUGAAAGGCUCCAGCAGAGCCCUGCCAGGAUUUUCUGGUGGCCUUUGGUUAAGACAAGAGUCCUAAUUUCUAGCCAGUGGGGUCCUGGCCCUGGGGCCAUCUCUGAGAGUCACACUGAUGUUGUUUUUCUAAUAUCAGCUCACGACCUACCAACCUUCCAAUCGUACGCCUCCCACCGGCCAAGGAAAAAGAGACACCAGAACUUUGAGGGCACUAUCAGACUGACAUGGCCAGUACAGAGGAGAACUAGGGAAGGGAUGAUGAUUUGCACCUUAUUGAAAAGAAAAAUUUAAGUGCAUACAUAGUUAAGAGCUUUUAUUGUGACAGGAGAACUUUUUUCCAUAUGCGUGCAUACUCUCUGUAAUUCCAGUGUAAAAUAUUGUACUUGCACUAGCUUUUUUAAAACAAAUAUUAAAAAAAAAAUGGAAGAAUUCCUAUUCUAUUUUCUAAUCGUGGUGUGUCUAUUUGUAGGAUACACUCGAGUCUGUUUAUUGAAUUUUAUGGUCCCUUUCUUUGAUGGUGCUUGCAGGUUUUCUAGGUAGAAAUUAUUUCAUUAUUAUAAUAAAACAAUGUUUGAUUCAAAAUUUGAACAAAAUUGUUUUAAAUAAAUUGUCUGUAAACCAGUACAAGUUUAUUGUUUCAGUAUACUCGUACUAAUAAAAUAACCGUGCCAAUUGCAAACGUGUCUGUGCGUGUGUCAGGUCCUCGGAAACCAGGGAGGCUGAGGAAGUGGUGGUCCUUUCUUCCUUCUUGAUCCGCUGUGAUCCCUGGGUAGGUUUGUGGUGGCAAGGGUGACAUAAGGCUUUGCCUUUCUUACUAAUUUUGGGGAGUGGGAAGAGGGUUCCGUCGUGCUUGAGAUGAGAAUCAGAUAAAAGGCAGGUUUCAACAUCUGAUGUUUCAGCUUGUUCCAUUUGUUUCUCCUCUCUGCACACUGCUGUUUUUACAAGAGAUUUUUUUUGCCUCUUAGCAGUAUUUGGCAUCUUUGUGAGCUCGUAGCAUUAUCGAUAUGUUUCUGUAUGCUUUGCUGCACACUGGUUAAUGGUCUGAAGGUGGAAAGUUCGUCUGUGUUUCUUGGAGUUCAUGCCUGUUUUUGCAUGGUGCCCGCUCUCAGAUGGAGGAGGCUUGGCAGUUGCCCCCGAAGGGAAUUCCUCCAGGACCCAGUCAGGUAAGGCCCUCUGC